AUGCACACGGCGCAAGCGACGCAUCUCUUUCAGUCGGAUGCGUCCCUGGCACAAGGGCGCGAUCGCGCAUCGAAAGCGCAGCGCACGGCUUCUGGUGCCGUGCAUGGCUCUCCCAUCUGGCUCGGGAUGCAUGGCAGCGCAAAAUUAGACGGGAGCGAUGCCCCGCCCUCAGUCGACAUGGCACGCCUCGCCGAGCGUGCGGCGGGUGCGGAUGGCGGCGUGCACAAGGUGAUUACUGCUCACCGACCCAAUGACACUUCUUCUCCCUUCCUUUGGACAGCUGAGAGUGGGCGCGUGGCGCGGUGCACGCAUCUUGAGUCCGGUCGCGUCGUGCAGCUCGUUCGUGGACAUGCCGGCCCCGUGUCCGGACUCGCCACCUGGUCCGUGUCAGACCACCGUGCAUUUGUGUGCACAGCGUCGUGGGAUCGGUGCAUCCGAAUUUGGCCUGUGCUGCCCGGUAAGCGUCCGCCAUGCCUGGUCAAGCUGGAUGAGGCAGGCGCCGACCUACUCAAGGCCCUGUGUGUCGAUCCCGUGCACUGUAUCUUGUACGCUGGCGGCAAUGACAAGACGGUGCGUGCAUGGAAUCUUGCACCGCUAUCGAAAUGGGCGCACGACCUGGACGACGCGGCAUGGGCAGCAUUGGCGACGGUCCCUGCCCCGUGUCCCGUACCCACGGUACGUGGCGCGCUGCAAGGUCAACACACGCGUCCGAUCGUGUGCAUCUCUACGCUGCCACCGCCGCCGCACGGUGCGGUCGUCGCGAACGAUGUGCCAGAACCAGGCACGGUCUUUUCGGCGGAUUCCAUGGGCCGCGUCCUGCAGGUGACGCCUGACCUGUCUGUUGUCCGCGAACUGAAUGGCCACGAGACGAGUGUGAAUGACAUCAAGCCCGUGUGGCGUGAAGAGGAUGACACAUGGACGGCGCAUGUGUGGACGGCAUCCAGUGACCAGAGCGUGCGAUGCUUUCCUCUAUCGUCGCAGAAAGACAGGCCGGCUCGAUGGGGUGCUCGCUCGUCGCAUGCCGGCGACGUGCUGGGAUCGCAGCCGCCCGUGUAUGCGACGCACAUGAUACCCGUACCGUGCAAGGCCCACGCGGUGCUUCCUUUGCGCGAUGAGACCGUGCUUGUCGGCAUGGAGGACGGCACGCUACAAGUGUACCGUGACGAUCAGCCGGAGACGGCGCUGGAUGGACACUGGCAUAAUGUGACGUAUGCUGGUUGGUGGACGACGCCCCAGGCCUACGUGGUGACGGCGUCCCUGGAUGGCACGGUGCGCCGCUGGCCCCUCUCGAUGCUAGAAGGGCACAUGCCUGAGACGCCCGCUGCUGCUGCGCUUACUGCGGAGGAGGAGGCUGAGCUUGCUGAACUAAUGGAAGGGGAGGUCUAG